AUGUCCGCGUCCUGCCUCGAUCUGCGCAGCGCGAUUUCAGCACCACCGCAUCUGGACAGCGACCGCAUGGAACGAACCCUCGAUCCUUCUCCAGACACCGAACAUCAGAGCCGCACGCUGCUACACACCGCUCCCCGGGGGCUCGGCAUGGCUCUGGAGGAAGAGCUGGCCAUGCUCACCGGGGAGCGGGACGAGGACGUUGAAGUAUCCGCCUUAGAGACACCUGUGAGCGGGCAGGACUCGGACCUACUGGCCCUCUUCCGACAGAAAGAGAAGGACCUGGUGCUCGCUGCUAAACUGGGCAAAGCUCUACUUGAACGAAACCAGGACCUCACAAAGCAAUAUGAGAAAAUGACCAAGGAUUUAAACGACAAACUAGAGCUCUUGGAACAGGAAAAGCAUGAGCUGCGACGUCGUUUGGAGAGUCGCGAGAGUGAGUGGGAAGGUCGGGUGGCAGAACUGGAGACAGAUGUGCAACACCUGCAGGGGGAGCUGGAUAGGCAGCAGGUGCAGCUGCGUGAGGCCGAUCGCGACAAGAGUCGUGCAAUCAGUGAACUGUCAGAACAGAACCACAGACUACUGGAGCAGCUCAGCAGGGCUGCCGAGGUGGAGAAGCAGUUAUCUACUCAGGUCCAUUCAUUACGAGACGAUUUCAGAGAAAAGAGCAUUUCCACAAACCAACACAUGACACGGCUCGAGACCCUACAGGCCGAGAUAAAGAUGUUGUCAGAGCGUAAGCAGGAAUUGGAGCGACGUGUGAACGCUGUACUGGAGAAAAACCAACAACUUCAGAGCACAGUGGACGACCUGAGAGAGAGAACGCUGGUGCUGGAAAAACAGUGUCACGAGAAAGACUUACAGCUGCGCCAGAGUCAUUUGGAGCUGCAGGAAGUGCGCUUGUCUCACCGGCAGUUGAGUGCCCGCCUAGAGGAACUGACGGAGGAACGGAGUCUACACGGCUUCAGUCCGAACCCUAACAGCCUCCUCUGUGAGAUAGAACAGAGUAUGGAGCAGGAGGAGAUGGAGCAGGAGAGAGAAAUGUUACGGCUGCAAUUGUGGGAAGCCUACUGUCUGGUGCGCUCCAUCUGCUCACAGCUCAGAGGAAAUGACAUCACAGACUCCGCCCUGUCCACAGACUCAUCCAUGGAUGAGUCUUCUGAGACGUUGUCGGCUAAAGAUGUCCCCACGGGUAGUUUACACGCCAGUCUGCUGGAGCUGCGCAGACUGACGCAAAACCUGCUGGAUGGCAAUGAAUCUACGGGUUCUCGUCGCAGUGACGAAGAGGUUCUUGAGGAACAGGUUCGUAAACUCGGGGAGGAGCUCCGAGAACUCCGAGAAAUGUACGAACAAGAACAGGAAAAAACACGCAACAGCCAGGAGGAGGUGCUACAGCUCCAUAAUCAGGUGGCGCUGCUCUCAGUGGAAGUUUCUUCUUCGAGAGAAGAGAACGAACGGAUGAAAGCGAUGAUGGAAGAGCCAGAACCCAACGAACAGUUACAGAGCGCCAUACGAGACCGAGAUGAAGCCAUCAUCAAGAAGAAAGCGGUAGAGAUGGAGCUGGCAAAGUGUAAGAUUGACAUCAUGUCUUUGAAUAGUCAGCUGUUAGAUGCGAUACAGCAGAAAAUAAACCUGUCUCAGCAGUUAGAAGCCUGGCAGGAUGACAUGCACAGAGUUAUCGAUCAGCAACUGAUGGAUAAACAUCAGGAGGAGUGCAGAGAUUCUCCAUACUCCUUCAGCGGAUCGCGAGGAAGAUCCCCUUCCAGACGAACACAUCGCCUCUCAGAUGGAGACAAACGCCUGUUUUCAUUCUUCAAGAAGAACUGAGAGAAAGAAAGAAAGCUAAAUCAUAAAAUCAGUGGUUCUCAACUAGUUUUGCUUCAGGAUCCACAUUUUACAUUUCCAUACAUUUCCCUAAAAUCAUACGUUGAAAUGAAUACAUUUGCUGAAUGUUGGUUCCUAAAUACAUCUUCAAUUUUCCGGCUUCCUGCCCCUCGUUUAUUUAAAAGAAAAGGAAAAAUGAUGGUUCCAUUGAGGCACUUACAUAAACGCUAAAAUACUCACAGUUUCAAAAGUUCGACAUUAUAGAUGUUAACGGGAUUUUAGUGUGAUAAAAUCAGGGAUUCACAGGCGUUGCAAUGUUUACCAGAUUACAGUGUUUACCGUCAUGACAACCUUCACACAGAUGCAGUUUUAUCACACUAAAAUCUUGUUAACACACAUAUUGUUUACGUCUUGUGGCUGUACUUUGGAAACAGUGAGUGUUUAACGUUUACAAAUUGGCCCCAUUGACUUCCAUUGUAAGUGCCUCACUGUAACCCAGUACACAGGAAAAGAGGGAUGAGUCCAAAUUCAUUUUUGUGGUAAUCAACAUUAUGCCACAAAUGCUGUCGAUUGAGCUAAACUUGAAGUUCUUUAAAAGUUGAUAAACCUAUGCAAGAUUCAGUGGUUAGUUAUAUGUUAUUAUUUGUAUUUAGCAUUGUUCUCAUCUCAUGACUCUUCGGCCUGCCGGUUGAGAGCCACUGAUCUAAAAGACAGAGUCCUCUGCAGGCUUUGAGCCAUUUUGCACUUUAUCUGUACCCACAAUCCUCACACAGAAAGUUGAAAGAGAAAUCCUUUGAGAAAGACAGCCAUCUGGCCGUUAUCCUCCGCUCUGAUAGGAUACAUUUCUGAAUCAGGAUCAGUCCGACAGGGUUCAGAGAAUUCUCCAGUCCUAUCAGAGUUCGGUUUCCCGCGCGAGUGCCUCAGAACGAUUCCCUUCACCUCACUGCCAGAGAUUCAACACGGAGGCACAGCCGCUCACUCUGACUAUCGAGGGAUUCGAUAGAGACUCAGGAUGAACUAGACUUAAAGGGUUUUUAGGAUGCAUAUUUUGAGGAUCAACAGGUUGUAGGUUACAGUUAAUAUUUAACGCUGCAACAUCUAAGUCAGAGGCCAGCUAAAAAUAUUCUGCUCUUUAGCUCAUA